AAAAAAAGGGGGAAAAAAGAAGCGGAAAACGAAGCGGCGUUUAACCUGCAACUGCUCUAUGAAUUCUCAGUGCUCUUCCCUAUACAACGUCUUGAAAUAGAGAUCAAAUAUCUCCUGCAAAAUUUCGGAAACUGACAAUACUUAACAAUGAAAAAUCAUGGAAAUAUAGAUUCUUAUUCACUUGUAGACAAAUUCAAACGUGGGUUUAAAUCCCAUUGGGUCAGUGCUCAUGGGGUUCAAGUCUCAGUUGCUGCUACUCUACUAAGUAUUGCUGGUUUCAUAUUUGCAAUUAAAGAUGUCAAACUCAGAAACGAGAAACAUAGUUCGAAGAGUUAUUAUUGGACAAUACCUGGAUUGCAAAAUCUUGGAAAUAAUUGCUUCCUGAAUGUUGUUUUACAGGCUUUAGCUAGCUGUAAGAGCUUUAACAAAUUUCUUGAGCACGUUGUGGAGGAAUAUGAGGGUUCAUCAAUGGAAGGAAGUGGAGACCUGCCAGUUAUU